UCUUCGUCUUCUUGAGAGAGGAUGAGAUUGUUGUGCGAUUCUUUUCUUUGGGGGGUAUGAUUCUUCUCGUGAUCCGUGCCUGUUUUGAAUCCCUGGGGGUGGAGGCGAUCCAAGCGUGGUCAGAAUUCGGAAAUCAAUCACAGCGAUCGAUGAGUCGUAGUAGACUCGUGGGGGGAACACACGUGGGCUGGUGGCGAUGAGGAAAGAGGAAAAAGCUUUAGAUCGAAAAGACAGGGGAAGACGGAUCCUGAAAGCUUCACAUUGAAAAGACCUCUGGCUUCAUCAGUUCCAAUUGAGGCAGUUCUGUUCGACAUUGAUGGGACCUUGUGCGACUCAGAUCCUCUUCAUCAUGUGGCCUUCCAAGAAAUGCUUCUUGAGAUUGGGUAUAACAACGGUGUGCCAAUAGACGAGGAGUUUUUCAUAAACAAUAUUGCUGGAAGGAGUGAUGUUGAAGCUGCUCAGAAUUUGUUCCCUGAUUGGCCCCUUGAGAAGGGGCUGAAAUUCCUCGAGGACAAGGAAGCUAAAUACAGAAGUUUGGCAAAGGAGCGUUUGGAACCUGUAAAGGGCCUUGCUAAAGUGGUUCAGUGGGUCAAAGAUCAUGGAUACAAGCGUGCGGCUGUAACCAAUGCCCCCAGGAUUAAUUCCGAGCUCAUGAUCUCCCUUCUUGGCCUCACAGAUUUCUUCCAGGCCGUCAUCGUUGGAGGCGAAUGUGAGAAGCCGAAACCCGCCCCAUUCCCCUACCUGAAGGCUCUCAAGGAGCUUCAGGUGUCUGCGGACCACACCUUCAUCUUUGAGGAUUCUGCUUCAGGCACACGUGCAGGCGUUGCUGCUGGAAUUCCUGUUGUUGCUGUGGCAACAAGGAACCCAGAGAAGUCCCUACUGGAUGCAGGAGCCACGUUGAUCAUCAAGGAUUAUGAAGACCCCAAGCUUUGGAGCGCACUUGAAGAGAUAGACAGAGAGGAAGCCAAGCUAAAGAAAGCUGAUGCAUGAGAUGAGGGUUCUCGAUUAGAUGAUAUAUUGCAGGUUUAGCUCCUUUUGCAUUUGCAGUAAUAUUGUAGCCGAAGUGAUGGCGCACAGAGCUCAUCUUUGCACUUUUGAGCUUCUGUGGUUUUAUUAUUCUUUGUUGCUACUCAGCCUAUUGAGUUGGUACAGAGAAAUAAAGACCCAAAACUCCCAUUGAGUUAUUCUUUAUGGAUGGAUGUUACUUC